AAAUCAGUGUCGGUGUGUGUCAGUGCCGGGAGGUAUUUUGAAUCGGGAAUAGUGCAUAUAUCGGUGUGAGGGGUGGGGUGGAGCAAGGCGCGGCGUGGCUGCGCGUGCGCGGGCGAUGCGUGAGAAACUCGCGGCGCUGCUGCGUAGCGCGGUGCGUGCGCCGCCGGCCAGCGCGGACAAGCUGCGCGCAGGCGCCAUUGAUCCCGUCAUCGUCUUCCCAGAUGAAGGGAGCGUACACGAAAGCGGACUGGUAUGGCGCGGGUGCUCCGCCGGCUUCGACGCCGAAGACGGCGCGACAGGAGCGCUCACCGACGGUAACUCCAAUCCAGGAGACAAGUUGGAGGGGUCGGACUCAGCUCAGGACGACCCUGUUCACCUCAAGAGACGGGUGGGACUCUUCAGUGGGGUGGCUCUAAUUGUCGGCACCAUGAUAGGAUCUGGAAUAUUCGUCUCGCCCUCUGGGCUGUUGGAGCGCACUGGUUCGGUGGGCAUCAGCUUCAUCAUUUGGAUGGCGUGUGGCCUACUUUCGUUGCUGGGUGCGCUCGCGUACGCGGAGCUGGGAACUAUGAACACGUCGUCGGGUGCCGAGUAUGCGUACUUCAUGGACGCCUUCGGAGGACCACCCGCGUUUCUAUUUUCCUGGGUGUCAACUCUGGUGCUGAAACCGUCACAGAUGGCAAUCAUCUGUCUGAGCUUCGCCAAGUACGCAGUGGAGCCGUUCGUUAGUGAAUGCGAACCGCCCGAUGCGCUUGUCAAACUGGUAGCGGUCAUUUCAAUAGUGAUGAUAUUGGCGGUGAACUGCUACAGCGUGAACCUGGCCACAAACGUCCAAAACAUCUUCACCGCUGCGAAGUUAGUCGCAAUCGCCAUCAUCGUCUGCGGCGGCGCUUACAAACUGAUAUUAGGUAAUACGCGACAUUUACAGGAGCCCAACUUCUCGACUAGCACGGCCACCUUCGGCAACAUUGCCACGGCCUUCUACACCGGCCUGUGGGCCUACGACGGCUGGAACAAUCUCAACUAUGUCACUGAAGAAAUUAUGAAUCCAUCCAAAAAUCUCCCAUUGAGCAUUAUAAUUGGCAUCCCACUGGUGACUCUGUGCUACGCGCUAGUGAACGUGUCCUACCUGACUGUGAUGUCGGUGAGCGAGAUGGUGGACAGCGAGGCGGUGGCCGUCACGUUCGGGAACCGAUUGCUGGGCCCCAUGGCGUGGCUCAUGCCGUUGGCUGUCACCAUAUCGACGUUUGGCUCCGCGAACGGCACUCUGUUCGUGGCUGGAAGGUUGUGCUUCGCCGCAUCCAGGGAGGGCCACUUGUUGGAUAUCCUCUCCUACGUCCACGUGCGCCGCUUCACACCAGCUCCGGGCCUUAUUUUCCAUUCCCUGAUCGCUGUUGCUAUGGUGUUGUACGGAACUAUAGACUCGCUGAUUGAUUUCUUCUCGUUCACGGCGUGGAUAUUCUACGGCGGCGCCAUGCUAGCGUUGAUCGUCAUGAGACACACCAAGCCCCAUGCACCGAGGCCCUAUAAGGUGCCCAUUAUAAUACCGUACAUCGUACUUCUGGUGUCAACGUAUUUGGUAAUAGCUCCGAUAAUCCAGACGCCUCAGUGGGAAUACCUGUACGCUACUGGUUUCAUAUUCGGAGGCAUGUUGGUUUACCUACCCUUCGUGAAAUGGGGUUAUUCUCUGCCGUUCAUGGAUAAAAUUACCGUUUUCUUGCAAAUGCUAUUGGAGGUGGUGCCAACGUCGACGACAUUUGAAUAUUAAAUUAGUCUACGCUGGACUAUAAAUAAAGCAUUUUGUGAAAGUUAUGUGUUAUAUUACGAAAUCUUAUUUUGCAGAUGUAACAAUAGGACUGCCGGCGGAUUAAGUGUACUUAAAGAUAUUUUUAGCAAUAAAUUACAACCUAAUUUUGUUAUGUAAACUUAUACAACAAUGUUCAAACGACCGGUUACAUUUUUAAAGUAAAGAAUUAGGUACCUACUUUAACUAUAAAACAUACACUUCUCAAUAUAUAAAUGAAGUUUUGAAAUACUUAUAAUCUCAUUACAUAACAUAAUAUACUGUUUAGACGACAACGGUUUGGCUCACUUGAAUUUUUGGUCGCUAAACAGUCGUCGCCUAAACAGUUCAAAAUAUAACUCACGAAAGUUUAAUUUCGACAUAACAUGAUAAUAAGUGACAGGUAAUAUUAUUACAUUAUGUUAAAUUUAAUAACGGAAUUCAUAAAAAAAUCCUAGGUACCUACGUAGUAAGUAAAAGAUAAAGAAGAGGUAACUAGUUAACUACCUAUCAAAUUCACAUUCACAUCAUCAAUUUGCUAGUAGUUAAAAUUACUGAAAUGCAAUUGUUGAUUACUUAAUGUUAAAAAUUUAAGAAAAGCAAUAAAUAAUGUUAGUGUGUAUCGUUUUGCUACACUUUAAAUCCAAACAAUAUUAUUAGUACCUAGUUAUGUUAAAUAAAUCUUCUUAAAACAGAUUUUCAGGUUCCUGGUUACUUCGAUACAAUUGAGUAAUCUCCAGAAAUCUGAAAUAAUUUAUUUGAAUAGACAGAGUGUGGGGAUAUACCUACAUAUACAUAAAGCCAACAAUACAUUAUGUAUCAUUUCAUGUACCUAGCAUGCAAAUUCGUACGUAUUUACAUUUUUGUAACAAAUUAUACCUACCGUAUAUAUUUUCUGAGAUUCUGAACUGAAUUAAUUGCGAUAUACCUACACUAAAAACGUUUAUUGAAUGUUAUAGGUAUCUACAUUGUAGUGAAACGAUCCACCUUUAAGUGUUAUCUUAACUUGACUGAAUGACGUAUUAAGUUCUAUGUCGAUGAAAGUAAUGAAUGAUGCAUUGUAUAUUGUCAUGUAACUGAGUUCCUUUUCACCUGUAACUAGGUACCAAUGUGAUCGGCUAAUAAAAUCUCGGUACCUACUUAGCUUGACUUUUCUUUGUGUUAACAAAACAUCGUAAAGUAUACCUAUAGCCGUGCUAAAGAUAUAAGUCCUAAUACAUCUUAAACGUGAUAUGAUUUUAAAAUGUGUGUAGAAUAUUUAUUAAUAUAAACAUUGACUUUACCAAUGUUGUUUAUAGUUUAGAGGAAAAUGUUACAUAUUUUGUUUUAAAGUUUGUAGUUUAUACAAUAUUUAGGAUUCUUUUCUUAGGGACUACUGUGUACAGCAUUAAAUUAUGCAAAUAGUUACCGAAGAAGACAGCGAGUGAAUCAAUGCAUUGCUCAUUUCAUUAGUUUGCACGAAUCAUUCCUAUGGGGCCGUGCAACUAGAGAUAAAGCUUUGCAAUGGAUAAAGUGUAUUUUUUCAACUACAUUAGAUAUAGUGAAAAUUUACAUAGGCUUGGGUGUGCAAGGUUAGUCCGGUAUAGCGAUUACGCCCCAGCAGCUCAAAGAUUCUAGAAGGAAUGCUUCCGGCUGGGGACGCAGAGCUUAUCUCGAUUGUGCUAAGGCCCUGUUUGCGUCACUAUGAGUGAUUGUGCUAAACUCAUAGUUGUAGUUCACCACCUCAUCAGCAUAGUGAACUUUAGAUUAAAACGAUUAAAGUGUCUCAAAUAUAUUUACUCUAUGUAUUUUAUUUGGAUAUUUGUUUGCGAUGGCUGCAAGAUUUUUUGUGGGUAGCUACAGUAUUCAUAGGGGUACAAUCUCAAUUCUGUUUUCAUUAUUUUAAACAUUAUUCAGUAGAAUAUGAAUUGUUUCACGAUCCCAUGUAAAGACUAAAGUGUGUUUUAACUAAUAAUGUUUAAUUAUUCGACGGCUGAGUUUUGCGAUCGGUAAAAUUUGGUCCUAUCAUUCCUUACCGGGGCAGAACGACGCUGUGAAGGCUAUGGUUUUUAUGACAAUGUUAUUUUUUAUAUUUAUUAAUGAUAUGAUAAGUUAUUCGAGAUUUUUUAUAUAAAAGUAUAGGUAUACAGACAGUACUUAAACAAUUGAUCUUUAAUAACCCAAAGACCCAAUUAUAUAAUUAUAUAGCCAGAUUGUUCUUGGCCCAGCCUGCAGCAUAUAACACGUUCUAUUAAGACUUACCUACGUAAUAGCUAACAUCAAACUUUAAGUGAAGUACCUACAAAGUAAAAAUGGGCCCACGUACGUACACGCCUAACGAUGUGAUAUUGUUAUGGGUAGAACCAAUGGGUUUAUUUUGUGUACUCAAAGAAUAUCAUUAUGGCUACAUCUCUUCAAAAGAGAAAAAUAUUUAUUGUUAUACACUACCAUUGAAUAAAUAAAAAUUUUAAUUAAAUACAAUAAAGCAAA